UGUUUCGUCCUGUCCUUGCAGGCCGCCUUUGUGCCCUGCCUAGUCCUGCUGGCCGCGUGCUGCCAGGCCGGCUACGUGGCACCCUAUGCCUACCACGCCGCCGCCGUCCACGUCCCCGUGGCCACCACCGUGGUGCGUCAGCCGGUGGUGGAGCACCACAGCGAGGUGGCCUACGUGCCACCUCACGCCCACGGUUACACCAUCAGCCAGCAGAAGCUCGUCCACCCUAAGACCACCGUCACCAAGCACGAUCCCUUCUUCGGCACCUACCACCAGGCCGAGGUGCACCACGCUCCAGUGGUGACUGGCUCUCACAGUUCCGUGCACCAGAGCCGAGGCGGACACUUCGUACACCGUCCAGUGGGCAGCGUAGUCUACUAGGAAUUUCCUCCCCUA